AUGGACACAGACACAGGCAUGCACCAAAACCAACACAACAACCAGCACAACAACCACCUCCACAACCAGCACAGCAACCAACACAACAACCAACAGUUCAAAACCCUGCACAACAACCAACACAACAACCAACACAACAACCAACAGUUCAAAACCCUGCACAACAACCACCUCCACAACCAGAGCAAGGACAUAAAAGAAGUAGAGAACAAGGAAACCAAGAAUUCUUAA